AUGGACUCUGCUGAGCUGUCGGACAUCGCCCAGAGCUCUCUGCUGCCCCCGGUGGCCCUGCCCAUCAGUUACAGGGUCCUGUACGCGGACUCCCUCUUCCUGAGGGACAUCAGCCAGAACGUGACGGGCAACUCCAGCCUGCAGACGAGCGCCAAGCCCUUCGUGAUCCUGCGGGCCAGCCGCCCACCCGCCGUCAGUGCCAGCUACGGGCCCCUGUCUGUAGAGGGCGCUGUCCCUCUGGACCUGCUCCAGUCUCCGGAGCCCCUCCUCCCCUCUGGGGGGGUGGGUCUCAGUGCGAGGAUCCGCUCUCACGUCCUGGCCCGCCGGGUCUUCUCCUCGGCGCCGAAAGUGCGUGUGCUGUUCUAUGCGGCAGGAAGGCGGGACCGGGAGGGGGAGGGAGAGGGCGGCGGGGGCGGGGGCGGGGGCAGUGGCGGGGGCGGCGGUGUGAGGGACGAGCGUUCCUGCGUGACCGUCUUCGGUUUCUGGGAAACCCAGGAGAGGAGGGCUGCCUGCUCCCUGCGGGGGGACGCGGGGUUCUGCGUAGCGGAGCUCGAACCUGCAGCCAGCUGGUUCCGCCCCCCGGGCGGGGCCUCCAGCAGGGAGAGGCAGGACCAGAGGCAGGCUGGAUCCAUGGAGCUCUAUUACCAGGCCCGGCCAAUGAGAGAGCAGGAUGGGUGUGAUCCCGGCGCCGCCCUGGCCACGCCUGUGAAACGGCUCGGCAGCAUGCGCCUGUUUCAGGUGCCCCCGGGUGCCGCGCCCAUCUCCCGGCUCAGGCUAGGGGGUGCCGUUGUCAUCCAGACAUCCUCCAAGCCACUGAAGAAGAGCGACGUGGCCACCUUCUCCGUCUCCGUGAUUGGUGCCGCCUCCUUGGAUCGCUUCACUCUCAGAGCUACAGUGAGAAAGGGGCUGUCCUUCAGCACGGCGAGGCCCAGUAACUCUAACCUAUGGGACACAACCCUCGAACCUGGGACUGGAAGCAGACUGGGCACCAUCUCCAUCGUGUGUCAGAGGAAGUCCACAGCCACUGGGAAAAGGUAUGACGGUGGUCUCCUAGAGAUUCUACAGCUGGAUUUUGAGACAGAGGAACCCAGCAGCGAAUCAGAGAGCCAGGUGAUCACAUGGCGUUUGGAGCCACCUGGGGGCACAAAGAGAGGUGACCAAGGCAUCAUGAGAGUCUACAUCACUCAGAGAGACUACGUGGGUCUGGCCCCCAUCGCCACGGACCCAGAGCUCCUGAACACCGCAGUGUUGACGGGGAAGAAGGUGAGCGUGGGGCUGAGGGUAGUUGCCGUAGGAGCAGACGGGUCGGUCACCGACGUCUCCAAUGUCACCCGCUGCAGGUCCACGGACGAGGACGCCCUGAAGGUGUCGGACAGGUGCGACUACGUCUAUGUGAACGGGAAGGAGACGAGGGGGAGGGCGGGGGUGGCGGUGAACUUCACCUACGGCCACCUGAGCGCCCAGCUGGAGAUGACCGUGUGGAUGCCCCGCUUCCCCCUGCAGAUCGACGUGUCCGACACCGAGCUCAGCCAGAUCAAGGGCUGGAGGGUGCCCGUCACCACCGUCAAGAGGGCCAGCUGGGAGAGUGAGGAAGAGGAGGAGAAGAGGGGUAAGGGGUGUAUGCUGCAGUACCAGCAUGCCCAGGUGAGGGUGUACACCCACUUCCUGGCUGAGCAGCGGGACUCCCAGCAGCCCCCGGCGUCCUUCCUGGGCGGGGACUGGCAGGUGGAUGUCACCAAGCUGGUGCGGCCCUUCCUGAAGGUGGAGAACCCCCGCGUCGCCCGGCUCCAGGGUGGGAGGAUACUGUCCGGGCGGAGUGUCGGGGUCACUGCCAUCAAGGUGCUGUCUCCUCUGUCAGACUCUGUCUUGGCGGAGAGCACGGUGAAGGUGCUGGAUGACAAAGUGUCCAUCACGGAGCUGGGGGUGCAGCUGGUGUCCGGCCUCUCCCUCUCCCUGCAGCUCAGCCCAGGAAGCAACAGGGCCAUCGUCGCCACGGCAACCACGCAGGAGGUGCUGAACAGACCCAAACAGGAGGCUGUCAUUGGCUGCUGGCUGCAGUUCAGCGAUGGCUCGGUGACUCCCCUGGACAUUUAUGACCCCAGCGGCUACACGCUGACCGUCACGUCUCUGGACAAGGGGGUGGUGUCGGUGCGGAGCACCCCACUGGCGGUGGUGGCGGAGGGCGAAGGUCAGGGGUCACUGGUGAAGGUAGAUAUGGGUAUCGGCGAGGUGUGCCAGAAGUCGAAGAGAAAGAGUUCGGUGGCAGUUGCCCACGGCAACCUGAGGGUCGCGUUCCGGCCAAGAGGGAUUUUCAGUGGCAGCGACUAUGGUUACGGAGGCCGGGAGCCAGCGAUCGAACCCAGGACCAUCCCACCGCUCCCGGCAGCCCUCACAGACAGCGGCAGACCCGUCCUCAGUGGCCGCUGGCAGUCGACAAGCAUCACCACAUCCCUGGCACAGGACGUGACAUCAGUCAGCACUUCCACCAGAAGGGGCAGUGGUGUAGGUGUGGCCAGCACCACUGUGGGUGGGGUCAGUGGUAAUGUGGGUGGAGUUGGAGAUAUGGGAGGGGUUAGUACUAGUGUGAGUGAGGUCAGCAGUCGUAGUGUUGUGGUCAGCCCUAGCGUGGGUGUGGCCAGCGUUAGUGUGGGUGGAGUCAGUAGCAGUACAGGCAGAGUGGGCAAAGCCAGUGUUAACAGUGGGGUCAGCAGCCCUGUUUAUGACGGAGGUGUGGUCACAGUGGGCGGGGCUGGCCUUGGGAGGGACUACUCCGACGUGCCCUCGCAGAUGGAGGUGCCCAAGUGGACAUCGGCGGAGGUGGAGAGCGACCUGGUGCAGGCCUCCCGCUUCCCCAGCAGCCUGGAGAUUGGCAUGUACGCCCUUCUGGGCGUGCUCUGUCUGGCCAUCCUGGUCUUCCUGGUCAACUGCGUCUCCUACCUGAUGGGCUCGCGGCACAAGAAGUCUCCCACGCAGUGCCAGGAGCCCGGGGCCCACAGGCACAACUGGGUGUGGCUGGGUACCGAGGCCGACCGGGGCGUGAACGGGCCGGUCGUCCCGCCGCCGCAGGAGAACCACGCCGCCAUCGCCAUCAACAUCGAUAUGGCGCCCUGCGCGGGGAUGGUCGCCAUGGGGAAGUCCGCCACCCUGGGCAGGAGGCCGAGCGCCCCGCCCUCGGCCGACCCCGCACGGGGCCGCAGGGGGUCGCUGCAGUCUCGGCCCAUGCGGAGCGACUCCCUCCACUCUCCCACCAGCAAGCGGAAACGGGUCCAGUUCACCACUUUCUCCUCGCUGGACAACCCCCACUACUCCACCCUGCCCGGGAUCCACUGGAUCGGCAAGGCCGAGAACUGUGCCGAGCGGCACGCCAAGCUGCAGGAGGCGCUGUACGCCAACCUGUCCUACGACGGCCAGGCCCUGCAGAGCGGACCUCUGCCCUGA